AUGAUGAACCCUAACCCUAAUAAUAAAGGGAGUGAAGAAGGAGGAGUAAUCCAGAAGAAAAAGAGAAACCAUCCAGGAACACCAGACCCGGAAGCGGAGGUAAUAGCGCUGUCGCCCAAGACGCUAAUGGCCACAAACAGGUUCAUAUGCGAGAUAUGCAACAAAGGGUUCCAGAGGGACCAGAACCUUCAGCUGCACAGGAGGGGACACAACCUGCCAUGGAAGCUGAGGCAGAGAUCCAACAAGGGCUCCAAGAAGUACGCCGUCCAAUCCGAUUGGAAGGCUCACAGCAAGACCUGCGGCACUCGCGAGUACAAAUGUGAUUGCGGCACCCUCUUCUCCAGGAAGGAUAGCUUCAUCACCCACAGAGCUUUCUGCGAUGCUUUGGCUCUCGAGACCUCCUCCCUUCUCCUUCCCCCCUCCACUACAAAUCUCAAUUUCCACACCCAACAACCACCUCCUCCUCCUUCUCAUGCCCUCAUUCCUCCUCUUCAUUUCAAUCACUCCCCUAACUUAUCCCUAUGGCUCAACCAUCAUCAACAACACGCCACUUCCUCUCAUGAUAAUAAUAGUAAUCUUGUCGGACUCUAUCAUCACAAUGCGUCUUCUUCCUUGCCUUUACCUGACAUUGUGCAAAUGAAUAACUUCACCCACAAUAGUAAUAGUGCAAACCACCUUUCACUCUCUUCCUCCUCACUACCUGCUAUUGGAAAAUCAUCAGAUAACUUGGCUUCUAUUUAUACUUCUGACGGUCAAAGCACCACCACCGAUAACAAUAACAACCAAUUAUCUCCCAUGUCAGCAACCGCACUUCUUCAGAAAGCAGCUCAGAUGGGUUCCACAAGAUCAACCACCACUCCUUCCAUUUUCAGUGCUACUUUUGGGGUAAUGACCUCAUCAUCAUCUAAUAAUUCAAACCAUGCUCAUGCUGGGGAUUUUGCUUCAACUAGUAGCUUCACCUCAUUCACGCAUUCUUCCAACACUUAUGAUCAGCUAGUUAUGCAAACUGCAGCACAAAAUAGUACCACGGAUCCUGCGGGGAACUUGAAGCUCCCUCAUCAUGCCGGUUCAAACUCAGCGUCGAUGGAACAUAACUUGACGAGAGAUUUUCUCGGGGUCAGCGGUGCUGGUGAAGGACCCGCUGGCCUUCAUCAGUUCCUACCACAAGAGCUUGCAAAGUUUGCUUCUUCCAUGGGGCUCACCCAAUUCACUACCAAUUAGUGAAUUGUUUUUUAUUUUGCGGCAACUAUCAUCAAUUUCAUGUUAUAUCAUGGUUAGAAAUGUUUCUUCUGAUCUUCAACAUGUAGAAUAUGUGGACAUAAGAGUAAGGUGAAUAUAAGUAAGAUACAAAGUUUUAGUCCUACAGUUCUAUAUCUUCAUUUUAAAAUGCUUUGUAACAUUUUCUCUACUAGUUUAUUUAUAUAUAUUAUUCCA